AUUAGCAGAACGCAGCAUCGCCAUAGGGGUGGUGAAGUGGAAGAUUCGCAUUUCUGUGACUGAUCACCCAGGGACUCAGAGGCGCCCAGAAAAAUGAAGUCGACACAGCCCUGGCCCCAGGGACGCCCCAAGAGGGCGGAGGUGCAGGGAGGGCCAGGCCACCAUUCGCUGUAACGUGAGCCAGGCUGUGGCGGAAGGGCGGCCGGCCGAUCAAAGCCAGGCUCCGCAGCCAGGGCACGCGGAGGGAGACCGCGCGCUUCGUCCGCCCAGGCCGAGUAGCAGGCACCCCCGAGAAGGUGCAGCUAGAGCAGAGCGUCCCAGAACGCUGAGACGCCAGGAGCCCUCUGGAAAAAGAACUGCAGGACUCUGAAGAGCAGGCAUCCGACGGAGCCGCGCCGCCCAGCAGAGAGGCGGGGCCCGGGCCGGUGUCCACUCGGAAAUCUCCGGCCGACACUCCGCAGUACCCCAGCCACCACGGGCCUGGGCAGCUUGCCUGGGACCCAUCCGGAAACAGCCGAGCGGAUCCGGAAACAGCCGACAGGACCCGGAAGCGGUGAGCGCCGUCACCAGGGAGUGCGGGAAUCCGCCGUUUGCGCUGAAGUGAUGGCUGCAGCUGCGCCAGCUGCCCCAGGCGAAGACGGGCGUCUGCAGCGACCAGGAGCGGCUCUGGACCGCUACCCCCAGGACGAGACAAAAGUGGAGGGCGAGUCAGGUGAGCUGGGCCGGCUGCGGGUAGAGCUGGCAGGCGCCCUAGCAGAAAUGGAGACCAUGAAGGCUGUGGCGGAGGUGAGCGAAAGCACAAAGGCGGAGGCUGUGGCUGCAGUGCAGCGACAGUGCCAAGAGGAGGUGGCUUCACUUCAGACCAUCCUGAAAGACUCCAUCAGCAGCUACGAAGCUCAGAUUGCAGCCCUGAAGCAAGAGCGGCAGCAACAGCAGCAGGACUGUGAGGAGAAGGAGCGGGAGCUGAGCCGCCUGCAGCAGCUGCUGGCCCGGGCCCACCCGCUAGACUCCCUGGAGAAGGAGAUGGAAAAGGCCCACGAGGACUCAGAGAAGCUUCGGGAGAUUGUACUGCCCAUGGAACAGGAGAUUGCAGAGCUCAAGGCGAAGCUGCUGAAGGCAGAGGAGCUGAUUCAGGAGAUCCAGGGACGUCCCCUGCAUCCCCCUUCCCUGCAUGGCUCCACGGAGUUACUGUUGCUGUCCCGAAACCCAUCUCCCCCCCUGGAGCCCCUGGAGGAGCCAAGUGGGGGCCCGGCAGCUGAGGCCUUUGCACACAACUGUGACGACAGCGCCUCCAUCUCCUCCUUCUCCCUGGGCGGCAGUGCCAGCAGCAGCGCCUCCCUGCCCCGUGGCCGUCAGGGCCUGAGCGCUGAGCAGGAAGAAACAGCCUCUCUGGUAUCCACAGGGACCCUGGUCCCUGAAGGCAUCUACCUGCCCCCUCCCGGUUACCAGCUUGUUCCGGACGCCCAGUGGGAGCAGCUACAGGUGGAGGGCCGGCAGCUGCAGAAAGACCUGGAGAGCAUCAGCCGGGAGCGGGAUGAGCUGCAAGAGGGGCUGAGACGCAGCAAUGAAGACUGUGCCAAACAGAUGCAAGUGCUGCUGGCCCAGGUCCAGAACUCGGAGCAGCUGCUGCGGACCCUUCAGGGCACAGUGAGCCAGGCCCAGGAGCGGGUACAGCUGCAGAUGGCAGAGUUGGCCACCUCCCACAAGUGCCUGCGCCACGAGGUGAAGCGGCUGAAUGAGGAGAACCAAGGGCUCCGAGCUGAGCAGCCACCACCUGCAGCCCCCCAGGGCCAGGAGCGGCUCGAGGGCGAGAAGGAGGUGCUGCCCAGCUCUGUGCAAGAGCUCCAACAGCUGUUGCACCGCACACAGCAGGAGGCUCACGCCCGGCAGCAGGCCCAGGAGCACAAGGCUGAGCGCCUGCGGAUUGAGAUUGUGACCCUUCGGGAGGCCCUGGAGGAGGAGACAGCAGCCAGGGCCAGCCUGGAGGGGCAGCUUCGGGUGCAGCGGGAGGAGACAGAGGUGUUAGAGGCCUCCCUGUGCAGCUUGAGGACAGAGAUGGAGCGGAUCCAGCAGGAACAGGGCAAGGCCAGGCAGCUGGAAGGCCUGAGGCAGCCCCCAGGCUCCAGCAGGACAGAGGCCCAACUCACAGAUCUCCUCGCUGAACAGAGGGCCAAGGUGCUGCGGCUGCAGGCUGAGCUCGAGACCAGCGAGCAGGUGCAGAGGGAUUUUGUCCGGCUGUCCCAAGCCCUGCAGGUACGCCUGGAGCGGGUCCGCCAGGCGGAGACUCUGGAGCAAGUGCGCAGCAUCACAGAUGAAGCACCUCUAAGGGACAUAAGGGACAUCAAGGACACCUGAGGGGCCAGGCGAGGAGUCCCCACAUCCACUCUGAGCAGGACUUGCCCUUCUCCACUACAGAACUGGGAGGCAUCUCGGUCUUAGGAUGGCAUCCUCACCCUCCAAGCCCAGUUUGAGGGGCCAGGCAACCACUGCCCAGCACCUCCUCCCAGGGUGGCUGGGCCUUCUGCUCUCAGGGAUGACACCUGGGUGAGGGUUCCAACCCCCUCCUGGAACCAGAGGUACAGGUUGACCCUCACAGCUUUCUGGCUGCAGUGCUGCCUCCAGGCUCAGCCCUGUCCUCCAGCAACAGCCACACUGGCAUCCCUGGGCAUGGUCAGGAUGGCCAAGUGGUGGCUGGAAGCCUCUUAAGCAUCAGCAGGUUCCUUAAGAGUGCCCUUGACAGCAGCUGCUUUCUGGGCUGUAUGACAUCAAGACGCUAAGGCUCAAGACAUGCAUGGAGGCGAGGCCAGACUUUUCUGUCAUUUAUUUUCAAUAAAUAAGCAGCUCAGCUCA